AGGCACUUAUGAUAAAAUAUUUUGUCGUCUUCCUUCGCAAUCGUUCUCGUAUAAACGGGCCCUAAGCCGAAAUGAGGAACGUGGAACGUGUCAAAAAACUGACAAUGUGUAGGCAAAGAUCCUUUAUCAACCGUCUCUGGUGGGCUAGGUCAAGGUUAGGGAUACCUUAGGCAAUAUUUUUUUUUAUAAAACUUCACUGCAUUCUGUAUUUUCACACUCCGAUGAUGAUAACACAAAUAAAUAAAUCAUAAAGUAUUCGAAAAUAAUCCAAAAUCACAUAAGAUCUGGGCAUGAUUAGAGAGACAUUGCGCCUGAUUUGGAAGAACGACAACUUGUUGACACUCCCUUAAACAGGGUGGUUCCAUCCACAACCUCGAAGACGAGGGAGAAAAGUCACAUAGGAAACCCUGUUUAUCUUUUCGCUUAAACUUUAAACACCCGGACUGAGAGUUGACUCGCCAAAACCUUUUCUGAAGUUGUUGUUAGAAGGGGAUGCUGGGGGUUGCAGAAAUGACGGGCAGUAACAUGGCCAGUGCCUUGGCGAAUGCGGCGUGCGAGCGCUGCAAGGCUGGGUUUGCUCCGGCUGAGAAGAUAGUGAACAGCAACGGGGAGCUCUACCAUGAGCAGUGCUUUGUCUGCGCCCAGUGUUUCCAGCAGUUUCCUGAAGGCCUCUUCUAUGAGUUUGAGGGCAGGAAGUACUGUGAGCAUGAUUUCCAGAUGCUGUUUGCUCCUUGUUGUCACCAGUGCGGGGAGUUUAUCAUUGGCCGGGUAAUCAAGGCCAUGAACAACAGCUGGCACCCGGACUGUUUCUGCUGUGACAUCUGCCAGGCUGUGCUGGCUGAUGUGGGAUUCGUUAAGAACGCCGGCCGUCACCUUUGCCGGCCGUGUCAUAACCGUGAGAAGGCGCGUGGCCUGGGGAAAUACAUCUGCCAGAAGUGUCAUGCCAUCAUUGAAGACAACCCCCUCAUCUUCAAGAAUGACCCCUACCACCCUGACCACUUCAACUGCAACAACUGUGGUAAGGAGCUGACUUCUGAUGCCCGUGAGCUGAAGGGUGAACUGUACUGCCUGCCCUGUCACGAUAAAAUGGGCGUGCCCAUCUGUGGGGCAUGCAGGAGGCCCAUAGAAGGGCGUGUCGUCAACGCCAUGGGGAAGCAGUGGCACGUGGAGCAUUUUGUUUGUGCUAAGUGUGAGAAGCCAUUCCUUGGUCAUCGCCAUUAUGAGAGGAAAGGACUGGCCUACUGCGAGACCCACUACAACCAGCUCUUUGGUGAUGUGUGCUACCACUGCAACCGUGUGAUUGAGGGUGAUGUGGUCUCUGCUCUGAACAAGGCCUGGUGUGUCAACUGCUUCUCAUGUUCCACCUGCAACACCAAGCUUACCCUCAAGAACAAGUUUGUGGAGUUUGACAUGAAGCCAGUGUGCAAGAAGUGCUAUGAGAAGUUUCCGCUGGAGCUGAAGAAGAGACUGAAGAAGCUGGCUGAGACCGUGGGGCGCAAGUAGACAACCUGCCCACCAGGUGGCGCCAGAGCCCCACACUGCCCUGGCCUCACCUCCACUGUGGUGCUCAACAUGUGAUGGAGAGACUAAGGGGAAAUCCAUUCAAUCAGCCUUAAGUUAUUCUGCAUCAGUUUACGUUGAGGGUCAAAGUAAUGUUGGUUGAAGGAAGGAAGACCUUCAUUUUUUGAAAUCGAAUAGAAAUCCUCUGAAGGUUUAUUCAACUCCACUGUAUUGUACAAGAGACAUUUACUAGAUAUCCACACAUACUCUAGCUGUAAAGAUACGUCCAUUUUCUUCCAUCCGUUUUUAUGUGACAUUAUUUUUAUUAUGAGCAGGCAAUUUGUGCGUGUUACAGUAUAGGAAGUUUGGUGUAAGCGAACUUUGUUAUAGUUGAAUUCAGUGACAAAGAGAAUAAGAGGGUCCUUGUAUGUGUUUGGAAAUGUCCACCUGCUACAUCUAUUGUGUCAGUUAGCUAGGUUUAGUUAAUCUAUACACUUGUGGACAUAACUGUAUCAUUUUAAACUUUAUUUUUCUUUUCUUACUGUAGAAAUUGACAUUGUCCUCUUAAAAGGUCUUAAAACGUAUCAAUUUUAACACGGAGACUGAUGCCAGAAAUGUUCCCUUAGUCUGUCCUUCACUGAUUAACCCUCAAUUAUCGCUAAAAGUCAUUAUGUGUCACUACAGUGUGCUUUGCAGUGUGUUCAAUGUCACAUUUCAAAACAGCUGAGAAGCUGAACCACUCUUCUAACACGGCAAAGCAUGUAUCUGUAUAGUUUUUAUAUACAUAUACUGUAUUUACAAUUCCUGUUAAUUAUGUCUUAAACUAUCACAUAGCUACUGUCCUUCCAUUUCAGAAGUGUGUACCAUAUGUAUGUGACAGAUGGCUUGAUAAUAUCUUAAUUCAGCAUUGAACCUAUUAUGAGUUUUUCCCUCUUUAGCGCACCAAAGCAAUGUGUGAUAUUGUCUUAUACUCAACUCAGCACUGAACUGUGUGUGCUCUGGCUUAUACUGCCAAAUGUGUUGUGUCAAUGUGUAUGUGUCAUCUUACAGAUACCAUAUACAUGCAAGUAACUGAUGUAUCUAGAUGUUGACAUCAUAGAGUUCACACUAGCCAAAACAACCAUAGCCACAGCACCUUGCAUACAUAGUGUCAAGCUAUGCAUUUAAAAUGUCUCUUUCUUUGCUCCCACACUGCACUUGUAAGCCUUUCCCCCCUCAGAUGUGGAGUCCUUGCAGUAGUUGGCAUGUGAAGGCUAUCCUAGUGCUUGUUCAAAUUGGUUAAUCUAAUGGACACACAAAGUAACACACAGCGUGGGCUCAAUCUGGAGAUCCGGUAGAGAGAAACAUGCUUUUUAUGUGCCUUACUAUUUUACGUGCCUUCUUAUUAUUUCAUUAAUCAGCUGCUGUAGUUCUCUAAUGGUAUGUUAUUAUGAUUAUGUCUUUGUGAGUCCCCCACCCUCUCACCAGCCCUUUCGUUAGUGGCGAGUUCUUUGCUCUCCACAGAGACGCUCUUCAGAAACACAUUAUGGGCCUCUCUUCAAUACACAAGUCUGCCUCUCAUCUUUUUGGACAAUUGUCCCCAUAACACUUGCUUGAGCUAGAGAGAUUGUUGUGACUGUGGACUUUUAUGAAUGAAAAACCUAAAGUAGUUAAUAACAGUUCUAACUUUGAAAAUGCUACUUGUAUUAACUGGUGUUAUCAGAUAGUAAUAUUGUUAUUACUGUGCAUUUUUCUUGUGUCUUUUAAAAAAAAUCUUAAAUCUAGAUUUAGACACUGUGGGCAUGUUCACUAAAAGUUGACUAUUCAAAAGUUUUUUAUGAGUUUAUACUUUGACUGCAUGAAGCCUUUAGCUUUUGUUUUUAUAAAUAUGCAUUUUUUUUAUGCACAAUAUUAAUUUCUUAGUAAUAAUCAUGUUUAAUGCCAGUGCUCAUAAGAGCUCUGCCCUGUAAGUGCUUACUGCGUGACUUAUGGAGUGCUACAACCCUCGGAGUUAGAAAGUCCAUUAUUCAGCUUAAGAAAGAUUAUACAAAACCGCUAAAGUGAUGUUUAAUAAAUCCCUCUUUUCAAACAUCAUUCUGCCCUGUUGGAUUUUGAUUGUAUUUAAAUGUUGUUUACUGCUACCAUACCCUCACCAUAAGCUUCAAACAUAAUAAAAGAUUUGCGACAUA